UUUCUUCUUACCCAAAUUCCGCUCCCUCCGCGCCUCCUCCGCAUUUGCCUCGCUAGCCCUCGCUAGUUGUCGCUACUAAUCUUAUUUCUCCCUCGCUACCCUCUCCCCGGAUUCGCCCUGGAACAUCGUCAUUCAUAUCACAAGUGCCGAUAGAAGCGCUGGAAAUUCAAAGUCACCCCAACUACCGAUCCCAAUGUCAGCGCCCUGGCUCACCGUUGCAGACAUGACUGACUGCAAGUGCUUACCCGACGCAAGACACGUGCGGACUGAUCGAUCUGUACAGGUCUUGGAUGUGAUGCAGCUGCAGAGCAAAUCAUCUCCAAAAACACCAUGGUCUGUCCAGUAUGUAUCGAGACCUUGCAGCAGGCCAUCGACAAAUUCAAAUCUCAUGGACAAAGGACUGUGUCGAAAAUCACAAAAGAAGUAAUUCGUACCAGCGAGACCAUUGUUGGCAUCCAACCCGUCUGGUCUGAGUCCCUGGUCAAUCCACGAAACACAGAUCUUGUUGCGCCUUGAGGCCAUCGAGUUGGACCAAAGUCGCGGCGAUGGGACCCUGAUCUUGGUAUCCCAACAUUAUCUAAUCUUCGAUCCAACCUUCUGGAACCCUUCGGGAGGUUACCCAAGCUCUGGUAAACACCACAGGCCAAGUCCUCCAGGGGCAUAUUUGAUCACCUCGUAUACUAGUGUACAUUUCGGCAAGCGACAACUAGUGUGGGAGUAAUUCGACCACAAUGCGGCGGGAAAUUUUCCCAACGGACUCCAUUCUCGGAUAAUCGAAGCCGGUCCCGCAAUGUACAAAGACAACGCCUGUUCUUCGACACUAACAUGUCAUACGGGGGGCAAAAAGAAAUCAUUGGCUGCGCUAGUUUGGUCAAGAUGGUCCCAGCACGUAUCAUCGAUGAAUAUGUCGCCGGCGUGUGUCGCAAAGUCAACUCUGUCUCCCUCACCUGCGCCACCUCCAACCCAACAAGCGACAUCCUUCCCGGAGGCCGCCGCCAUCUCCGCGACAUCCUCAUGCCCGCCAAGCUCAUUCACACAAUCCACGCACAGCCAGAAGUCCGCUGGAAGGUUACCAUUGUGAAGGCAUCGAGCUCAAGUGUCGCCUCGCGCUACGUCGAGCACUCCAUCAUAGGAAGCGGGUCAUCCUUCGAGGACGGGUUUCCGAUCACGCUCAACGAAUUUCAAAGAAAAAUCUGACUUAGAAAAUGAAAACGAGAGGA